AAAUAAUCUCAACCAUUCAUUUUAAAAAAUUAUGAUAGUUAAAAAUAAUAAAACUACAUUAGAAUCAUCUCAAAGUAUCAAUAUUAGUCAAAUGUAAAAAUGAUGUGCAUAAAUAAUGCAAAAGUUAUAAAGGGACACUUAAAAAAUUUGGAAGGAAUAUUACGUAACAAAAAAAAGUAGAUAACGCCCCACGGCUUUAUUGCUACUAACACAUCCAUCCAGCUAAACUUGCAGCUGUUUCACCUUCAUCCUCCACAACUUCAGACCAUGACCUUCCCCUGUAAUCCUUCUUUCUACCAGCUGUUUCGCCUUUGUCGUCCUCCUUUUUCUUACCUAUAUAUACGUAUCCGCCAUUCGAACGUAACAUAUCAAUUUUCACUAAUCAUUUCCUAGUCCACUUUUUUUCAUUUACUAAUAUACAAUAUGGCUGCUACCAAAACACAAGUUAGUCUUUUGUUGUGUACACUCUUGAUCAUUGCUUCUUCAUUUGUCGUAGUCUCGGCGGCUGGAAACUUCCACCGAGACUUCCACAUAACCUGGGGUGAUGGUCGGGGUAAGAUUCUUGAGAAUGGCCAACAACUUACUCUUUCACUAGAUAAAACCUCUGGUUCUGGAUUUCAGUCCAAAAACGAGUAUUUGUUCGGUAAAAUUGAUAUGCAGCUUAAACUCGUCCCUGGAAACUCUGCUGGUACUGUCACUGCUUAUUACUUAUCAUCACAAGGACUAACUCAUGAUGAGAUUGACUUCGAGUUCUUAGGAAAUGUCUCUGGUCAACCUUAUACUCUUCAUACCAAUGUCUUUAGCCAAGGUAAAGGAGGAAGGGAACAACAAUUUCACCUUUGGUUUGAUCCUACUGCUGAUUUUCAUACAUAUUCUAUCCUCUGGAAUCCCCGAAGAAUCAUAUUCUCUGUCGACGGAACAGCCAUCAGAGAGUUCAAGAACUCUGAGUCAAUUGGAGUUCCAUUCCCAAAGAGACAGCCAAUGAGAUUAUACUCGAGUUUAUGGAAUGCAGAUGACUGGGCUACGCAAGGCGGGAGGGUGAAGGCAGAUUGGUCAAAAGCACCAUUCACUGCAUCAUACAGGAACUUCAAUGCCAAUGCUUGUGUUAUGGGAAGGGGUAGAUCAACGUGCAGCACACGUUCAACCACCGCGACUACUGGUAAUGCCUGGUUGACACAAGAGCUUGAUAACGCGAGUCAUGCUAGGAUGAAAUGGGUGCAGAAGAACUACAUGAUUUACAAUUAUUGCACUGACUUAAAAAGGUUUCCUCAAGGCCUUCCUAAGGAGUGUACCACAACUUCUUAGACUGCUUAAAACUAUAUACCUUAUAUUUCAUUCAAUUAAUUAUAUUCUUUGAUUCGAUUUUAUUUAUAUGUAGCAACUAGCAAGUACUAUAAGCUAGAAUUUUCCACUUUUAGUUAAGUUGUAAUAUAGCAUUAUCAAAUCAUGUUAUGAUUAAUAGAAGCAAAAAUCUUUGGUUUAAUCAAA